CUCCGAGCGAGACUCUAGCUGGACGAUUGAUUGCUUCAGCUUGAUGACGUAUUUUGGAGCGUCGGUUGUACUUCUCUGGUGACGGAGGUGGUCCGCCAUGGCGCAGGUGAGGCUGGCAGCAAAUAGGCACGCAGGGAGUUUUGGGACGCGUGGCGAAGAGGUUUCUUCGGUCGAAUUCAAGAAGAAGAAUGUGAAGCAGAGGACGUGGCGGACUAAUCAUCGGAAGACCUUUGUGGGGAGCGUACGCGAGGGACAAGGCUUUGCACUUCGAAGAAAGCUGAAGGUACAGCAGAGUUACAAGAAAUUGCUAUGGAAGGAAAAAAAGGCUCAAAUCUCACAGGAUUCCCAGUUCACAGAUCGAUACCCAGAUCAUCUGAAACAUCUCUAUUUAGCUGAAGAGGAAAGGCUCAGGAAGCAACUUAGAAAAGUUCCGCGGCCUUUGCCAGAAGAACAAGUUAACCAGCCUUUGCGAGAGGAACAAGUUGACCAGCCUUUGCCAGAAGAACAAUGUAGCAAAACAGUAAACUCCUUUGCUACCCGAAAUAAAAAUAGAAAGAAAACGUCCAAUCAAAAAGCACAAGAAGAAUACGCACAGAUACAAGCCAAGCGUGCUGCUAAGAAACAAGAAUUUGAGAGGCGAAAACGAGAGCGAGAAGAAGCUCAGAGGCUCUACAAAAAGAAGAAAAUGGAAGUGUUCAGAAUAUUGAGCAAAAAGACUAAAAAGGGCCAGCCAAAUUUGAAUGUACAAAUGGAAUAUCUUCUUCAAAAAAUACAAGAAAAAAAUUAAAUCAGACGUUUGUCCUUAAGGAUUAAAAUAUCUGCUGUCUUGUCUGUUGAGUUCUUUUGUACAUAUAAUGUGUCUCCUAACAAUUAACUAAAUAUGUGAACAUAAACUGGAUUGCUAAGCUAUGAAAAAAAUCAAACCAAACCCACUGCUGUCGAGUUGAUUCCAACUCAGUGACCUUAUAGGACAGAGUAGAACUGCCCUAUAGGGUUUUCAAGGCUGUAAAUCUUUACAGA